GCGGGACCCAGCCGAGCGGGCCAGGCUAGGCUGGCGACGCUGCCCGCCCCCGGGCUGGCAAGGGCCGCGGGUGUCGGGCUCCGGGCUCCUGCAGCUGCCGAUGGGAAGCGGCUCUCGAAAGGGUGAGAGACGACGCCGCGGUCACCAUGGGGAACAAGCAGACCAUCUUCACUGAAGAGCAGCUGGACAACUACCAGAGGCAGCACGGAAACCCCAGCUGUUGUGCAUAUACUGUGGGCAUCCUCUUUGGCCCGCCUCAGCGUGCAAUCCAGCCGGCCUGGUGUCAGCAGCUCCAUGUCUUCCAGAGCCAGCCCGGCUGCGGGUACGCCUGUGCUGUGUCCAUUCGCCCCCCUCAUCAGAGCAGCUCUGCUUAGCAUAAGGCCCCAGGAGGCCCUGUGGGCUCUGCAGAGUCUGAGGCCUUCUUUCUUCAUGCCGCAACAGUGGGCAAAGGCAGAAGAGCUAGACAGCAGGAGACAGACAGGUCCUUAAAAAGAGUCCAGAUGCUGCCUGUCCACUCCCUUCUUCUCAUACCUCAGGCCCUCCAUCUUGUUCCUGCAUCCUAAGACCACAGAUCACAUGCCUGGAACUGACUGUACUUUCUUCAAUAAGAAGGACAUCCUCAAGCUUCAUGCACGGUUCUAUGAGCUGGCCCCCAACCUUGUCCCGAUGGACUACAGGAAGAGUCCCAUCGUCCACGUGCCCAUGAGCCUCAUCAUCCAGAUGCCGGAGCUCCGGGAGAAUCCCUUCAAGGAGAGGAUUGUGGAAGCUUUCUCUGAGGAUGGCGAAGGGAACCUCACCUUCAAUGACUUUGUGGACAUGUUCUCUGUGCUCUGUGAGUCGGCGCCUCGAGAGCUCAAGGCAAACUAUGCCUUCAAGAUCUAUGACUUCAACACUGACAACUUCAUCUGUAAAGAAGACCUGGAGCUGACACUGGCCAAGCUCACUAAGUCAGAGCUGGAUGAGGACGAGGUGGUCCUCGUGUGUGACAAGGUCAUCGAGGAGGCUGACCUGGACGGGGACGGCAAGCUGGGCUUCGCUGACUUUGAGGACAUGAUCGCCAAGGCCCCUGAUUUCCUCAGCACUUUCCACAUCCGAAUCUGAGGACACUGCCAAGGCUGCAGGGGGCGCCUAGAACGCAAUCCUCCGGCCUGCUGGUAUGGUGCAGGUAUGGUUUCUCCAGUGCUCCAGGAGAGGAGCAGUGGCCUCUGGGAUUCUCACCGUGGACAUUUCCUGUGGCCCUUUCAGCAAAAAAGAACAAAUAAAACACUUCAGAGCAAUGGGGGGAAAAGAGCAACAGACGGAUUGUGAAGAGCAGGACCCUCCCUAGGGCCUCGGUGGCCCACCCUCAGUACCCCGUGGACCCUCUCAGCCACGCCCUUGCCCAGUCCUCAUCUCACACAGCAUUGUCCCCCUAGGAGGGGAAGGUGGAAAACCUAGCAGGAGGGAUGGGGCUGAAUGAGCCACUUGCUGGGCAGACACCCCAGUCCCCCAGGGCUAAGUGCAAAAAAACCCCAAACCAAACCAAAAACAGAGACUGGGUUUAACAAGCUAUGCAAUCUUUUACCAAAGCCAAGGCUGGGCUGUGCCCACCCCAACCCCAUACUUUCCCAAUGUGAAGCUGUAUCAGCAGUGGGUCCAAAGGGCUCUGCCCCUGUGUCUGGACACUACCCUCCCCACCCCCUGGAUGACAUGGUGUCACUGGUGUGUGCUGACCUCAGAUUUGUGAAUUCCUAGAAAUAAAACACUUUGGUGUCCUGCA